CACCGUCCGCCGCUCCUAGUCCGCCAUCCAUCGUCGCCGAUGUAUCUCUCUCCUGUAUCGUCCUCCCUCCCUCUCUAUUUCAGAGGCCGACGUCUUCCUUGCUCAGCUCUAUUUGCUCCGUCCGUUCACCACUGUCUCCUCUCGUCGCGGUAACCAUUCUCCCCUUGCCAUCCACUGUGAUUCUUUGAAGCUUCGAAGCUUUGUUGAACCCCAUGACUGGCCACUGCCAUUUUCUCUUCUCAUCACUGUUCUCGUGCUUUGCUGAGUAAUAGGAUUUCCGCCGCGCCGUUUGUGCUUCAGUUACUGGUCAUUGCAAGAGCUCAUUUCUGUUUCCUUUGUGAGAGUUAAUUGUUCAAGUUUCAGAAGAAGAAGGUCUUGGAGAUGCGGCCGAAGCAGGUAUAUAAAGGGAAGGAGGUUAUGUGGUGAGAAAUGAAUGGCUUUGAUCCUGUGAAGCUUGUGGCUAAUUCAAUUGAAGAUAGGCAUAAUGAUGUUGUGGUUUUACUUUCCUCACCCACACCGUCUCAAAAACGUGAAUGAGUUAUGAAUUUAGAAGAAAAAUUACCUGACAUCAUCCCCACUUUCUUCUCUUUUGGUUCAUGUUUUAUCUUAUGUGCACGUCAGAUUCACCUGCGGGCUCGUUCACACCUCUGCAUUUUCAAGCUUUGCUUCUGUUAAAGAUGCCCCAUUCAACCAAUCUCUUCCCAUGGUCUACAACAUCUCUUCACUCUUGCAGGGAAUCUCAAAGAACCUUGUCCAUGUCAAAUCCAUCCAUGCACGGAUUAUUACGAACUCAGCAUUUACUGAUCACUUUGUGGUAUCCAAACUUAUUAAUGCCUAUUCUGAUUUGGGCCUUCUCAAUAUUGGCCGUCAAGUUUUUGAUCAAAUUUCUCAUCCAAAAACCAUUCUUUGCAAUGCCAUGGUUGCUGGGUACACCAAAAACCAGCAAUACAAGGAGGCUCUUCAGCUUUUCAAAAUGAUGGGCUCUCGUAAUAUUGAAAUUGAUAGCUAUACAUGCAAUUUUGCUCUUAAGGCUUGUAGUGGCUUAUUGGAUAAAGAAACCGGGAUGGAAAUAUAUAAGAGAGCUGUUGUGAGAGGGUUUCAUUUAGACCCAUAUUUUGGCAGUUCAAUGAUUAAUUUUUUGGCAAAAUCUGGUUAUCUUGAUGAAGCACGGAGAUUAUUUGAUCAAAUGCCUGAAAGAGAUGUUGUUUGUUGGAAUUCAAUUAUUGGAGGUUAUGUGCAGCAAUGCUUCUUUCAGGAGGCAAUUGGAAUGUUUUUUAAUAUGAUAGGUAAUAAAAUUUGUCCUAGUCCAGUAACUAUGGCGAGCUUACUUAAGGCGUGUGGGGAAAGUGGACUUCUCAAGCUUGGAAGAUGUGUUCAUGGUUGUGUCCUUGCAUUAGGGAUGGGUGAUGAUGUUAUGGUGCUUACUGCUUUGCUUGAUAUGUAUUGUAAAAUGGGAGACAUUGAAAGUGCUUGUUGGGUUUUCAAUAGCAUGUCUGGUAGAAAUUUGGUUUCUUGGAAUGCCAUGAUUUCAGGAUAUGUUGAAAAUGGUAUGAUACAUGAAUCAUUUUCGCUCUUUCAUAGAAUGGUUCUUAGUGGUGCUUCAUUUGAUUCAGGAACCUUGGUGAGCCUUAUUCAGGGUUGUUCUCAAACAUGUAAUUUGGACAGUGGAAAGAUCCUCCAUGCAUGCAUCAUAAGAAAAGGACUUGAAUCAAAUCUAGUUUUGUCCACUGCAAUUGUUGACAUGUACUCUAAAUGUGGUGCCACCAAGCAGGCGACUACUGUUUUUGGAAGAAUGAAAGAAAGGAAUGUAAUUACUUGGACUGCUAUGCUAGUCGGUUUAUCGCAAAACGGAUAUUCAGAAGAUGCCCUGAAAUUUUUUAUUCAGAUGCAAGAAGAGAAUGUGUCAGCCAAUUCAGCCACUCUUGUUAGUCUAGUGCAUUGUUGUGCUCACAUGGGAUCUCUCAAGAAAGGUAUGAGCAUCCAUGCUCACUUAAUCCGGCAUGAUUAUGCAUUCAAUGCUGUUAAUAUGUCAGCCUUGAUUGAUAUGUAUGCCAAAUGUGGUAAACUUAUCUCAGCUGAGAUACUGUUCAAUUAUGGAUUCCAUUUGAAAGAUGUUAUAUUUUGUAACUCUAUGAUUAUGGGUUAUGGCAUGCAUGGUCAUGGACAUCAUGCUAUUGGUGUCUAUGAUAGAAUGAUGAAAGAAGGCCUUGAGCCAAAUCAUACUACAUUUGUUUCUCUCCUAGCUGCCUGCAGCCACUCAGGACUUAUUGAGGAGGGUAAGACUUUAUUUCAUAGUAUGGAAAGAGAUCAUAACAUUAAGCCUACUGAAAAGCACUAUGCUUGCCUAGUGGAUCUUCUUAGUCGAGCUGGCCGUCUCCAAGAAGCUGAGGCAUUGGUAAAACAAUUGCCCUUUGAACCUAGCACUGAUGUGCUUGAAGCUUUGCUCAGUGGUUGCCAGACCCAUAAGAACAUGGAUAUGGGCAUACAAGUAGCAGAUAGAUUACUCUCUCUAGACUACUAUAAUUCUGGAAUUUAUGUCAAGCUAUCAAAUAUAUAUGCCCAGGUAAAAAGAUGGGAAUGUGUAAAUUACAUAAGAAACCUCAUGAGAACUAGGGGCCUGUGGAAAACACCUGCUUAUAGUUUGAUUGAAGUGGAAAGCCAGAUAUACUCAUUUUUUGCUGGUGAUGAUUCACAUCCUAAGUGGGAAGACAUUUAUGAGUUAUUAGAAAAUUUGAGAGCUGAGGUUGAAGCUUGUGGUUAUGUGCCUGAUACAAGUUGUGUUCUUCGUGAUGUGGAUGAGCCAAUGAAGGUGAAGUUGCUUUGGGGACAUAGUGAGAGAUUGGCUAUAGCAUUCGGUCUUUUAAGCACACCAUAUGGAAGUUCUCUUAGGAUUACAAAGAACCUUCGUGUUUGUGCUGAUUGUCACAAUGUUACUAAAUACAUAUCAAAGAUAGUUAAGAGGGAGAUUAUUGUUAGAGAUGCUAAUCGUUUUCAUCACUUUGUUAAUGGGGAAUGUUCCUGCAAUGACUACUGGUGAUGAGGAGGUUAUGAGAGAAUGCAUUCAAAUAGAAAGGUUCUAGCCUGGACUUGAACAUAAAAUGUGAUAGCACUUCCUGAGUAAAAUUCAUGUUUUGACAUGGUUAUAUGUUUUUAUGAUUAAUUUUGCCUGCGAAUCUUUUAAAGAUGGAAAUUUACUAUUAAUUUCUCUUAAAGUUGUUUUGAUUGGGUUACAAUGAAGUGGAUUACAAAUGAUAAAAGUUAUAUUACAGUCUGUUCUUUAUUAUUACUGCAAAGGAGGUCUAAGGUAUAUGAAUCAACAGCAUAUUUCUUAAAUCUCUUGGUAGCUAAUUUGCUUUAGAAGCAAUACAGUAAGCCAUGUUGCCUUUCAUCUUAUUAUGGUGUUGUGUUUGCAUUAAUGUAGGUAUCCUUUGUUUUGUUUAUUUUUCUUAGCUAAUACUUUUUUAAUUGUUAUGAUGCUAACUCAUGUUUACAGCUUACCCCUAUUAAAAUUCUGUUACAUUUCAAUGCCCCCCUUUUAAUCUAUUUUAUCAAAUCACAAUAAACACAUCAAAUUCAAACUGUCAGAAAAUGCAGACCUCUCUUUCUGUUAACUUUAUCUCUCUUUAUUUGGUUCAAUAACUCUGACUUUCCUUUCUCUUUCCUAUAUCUUUCUUUCUUUCUUCGAUUUCUAGAACUCAAAUAUCACUUUCUAUCUCUUCCAUCCAUUUUGUCCUGAAUCUUGCAUCUUAAUUGAAAUUUUCUCACCCGUAAUGAACAAAUUGUGUGAUUGUUGCAUGAGUUUGUCAAAUAUACCAUUUUGGAGGGGGAAAUUUUAUGGUCUUGGAAGCCAUCAUGGUGUUAACUCGAUUUUAUGAUAACAAGAAGUAAGACUUCUCAAUUAAUGGCUUGUUGAUUAUUCUUAUCUACUCUAUUGUUCUUUACUUCGUGUAGCUUUGCCCCCAUUUUCUGAUUGAUCUAUUAUAGAGAUUACAGAUGGAGUUGGACAUUUUGCAGUGUUUUGCCAUCAGUUCUUGGUGUUCUCAGAUGAUGAUUUCAAAGUCCUGUUGAAGUAAGGUCAAGCUAACAUAUUCAUUUUUGUUGCUUGUUCAAGCUAAUUUCAAAAGCACAGUGAAAAGAAAUACUUGCAAUUAGAUGGCAUAUUUUCAACAAUUGAUGACAGAAAAACCAGAACAGUUUCUGUAUUUGAAGGAUUCAAGAGAAAAUACGUGCUUAAAGUAUGUCAUGUAUCUAUUUCUCUGUUAUCGUUAUUAAAAAUUUUGUCAUUUGGAAACACUCAAUUUCUUUAGUUUACUCAGAUUCAUUACAUUAGAAUUGUCUGAUAGUUGUAGAGACUGGGAUAGUCCGAGGUUGUUUACAAUCGAGGUGGCUGUGAUAACUGAAUAUAUUAUUUUCUAUCUAGUCUUGAUGUUA